CGUUCAAGCUGAAUUGCCGUUAAACUUGUUAUAAAAUCAACAGGUUGACCAAUAACGGAAAAAAGUAAUGACAUUGUUUUUUUUAAGGUAUUAUUAAUGCUGAAGGACCAACCGUCCUUACAAAUAGGUCAACUGGGACAACACUCUGUCAUUCUUAUGAUCCGACCCUAUAUCAGAUUGAUACUCGACAGAUUUUAGCAUUUAAAAGGAGGAUAGUACGGUAAACUUUCUAGACGGAGGGACUAACAGUCCGAUUUACAGAUAAAACGCAAGUUUUGGAAAGAAAUACAUCAUUGUUCCAAAUUCUUAUAAAACACGCAAUGAUUUUUUGGAAAAACUACAAAGUUGGUGUAUUAUCCGCACUUUGUGUGUUAUGCUUUUGGAUUACGGUACACCUUCAUAAUGUUUGGUUUGAUAUCGUUGAUAAGAGUACUACAGCGGUUCCUACAGCUAAAAUGUCCAUCACUCAGUUAAAAAAUAAGGAUGACUACCUUGAGGAGAUGGACAUCCUCAACAAGCAAAAAGUUGAUAUGGAUGACCCAAGAUUGAUCAAUUUGAUUAGAAAUUACUGGAUAGAAAACCCGUCAGACAAACCCUACAAUCUUAACAAACCUCACGUGAUAGACCCCUCCAUUGGACAAGCUGCAUUUGUUGAUAAUCGAUUAAAUUUUAAGAUAGGCGGAUUUUUCGUUGAAUGUGGGGCACUUGAUGGGGAAACUAGAUCAAAUACCUUAAUAUUUGAGCGCACCAGGAGUUGGAACGGUCUAUUGAUUGAAGCUGACCCAUCAAACUACAAGCUAUUGAGGAACAAGAACAGAAAAGCAUUUACCAUAAAUGCUUGUCUCAGUGUUUACUCAUAUCCGGUAAAGAUGCAAUUCAAAAAGAAUUUCAGUGUUGGCAAGAUAUUACAGAACCAGAAUUCGACUGGCAAAGACAUUGUGGAUGUCCAGUGCUUCCCUUUCUAUUCAAUUAUGAAGGCUUUAAACGUAACGCAUGUUGAUUUCUUCAGUCUUGACGUAGAGGGAGCGGAAUUACAAGUGUUACAAACUAUACCAUUUGGUAAAUUAGAUAUUGAUAUGAUGACGGUGGAAUUUAUUCACGUCCCAGCAGGAGAAGCACAAUUAAAAAAAUUUGUAGAAAAACAUGGGUACUCAUCACUCAUGAAAAUGUCCCAUUACAAUGGUCUAGCAAAUGAUAUAAUAUUUAGGAAAAACGUAUAAAAGUUCGUUUUCGUCAAGUUUAAGAGUUUUCUAAUCUUAAUAGCAAACAAAUUACUUUGAAUUUUGUUAUAAAUUUUGUAUCACAAAUUCCUCCGUAAUCAUUCCAAUGUGCAGCAAUGAAACUACAUUUACAACUAAUCAACAUUAUUUUUGAAAGUCCUUUUCUAUCCUGGAUGCAAAAUACCAGACCAAUUAUAUGAAGUAAGAACUGCGAUGUCAUUUUCGUUUUCCAUAUCCUCUAUACUUAUUGUUUUGUCAGGUCGUAAAAAAAAAUCAUACGGUGCAAUUUCUGUGACAUCAAAAUUAAAGGUGAAGGACGGAUACUUUCAUGUUAUUUAAGAUGUCAGCAUUAUGACAGAUUACUCUUUUUUUCUAUAUUUAAUAAUGUAUGCAAAUCGGGAAAACCUUUAGAAGUCAGAUAAAUAGUCAAUUAUCAAGCACAGUUUUAAGUAUUUAAAACUUGCUUACAAUAAACAGCAAUUUUUUUUAUCAAAAACUCUAGUGAAAAUGAUGAAAUUGAGUGAAAACCAAAAUACUUCCUUGUUAUUCAAAUGUUUAUACCCUAAAACCAAAUAGAUCCUAUAAUGGGUACAAAAGAAAUAAACAAUACAUACACUCACAAAUGAGCUGCGUCGGAUAGAAAUCGACCUUUUGCAAGUGCACGUAUACAUGUACGUGUAUAAGACUUUUAUUAAUUUUGGAACAAUCAUAUACUAAAUAAAAGAUAUAUUUAGGUCUAUUCAGACUAAAUGAUAUUUAUUUGCAUUAGGUCAAUUGUUAUUCGACGAAGCUUAUUUAAUAACAAAUCAGUUAAAGAAGAAAGAGUUCUAAUAUACAAAGUAGAAAACUGGUCUUCAUGGCUGCUUCAACAAAAACUGCUCAUUGUUUUGUGUUAUUUUGCUAUGGUCAUUUUUUGUAUUCAUGUCUUUCAUUUUUUCUUCUGUGCUUUGUCGAUAAGAUGUCUAUAUGCCAUUUUGUCUUUCAUUGUUGCAAUAGUUGUUUGUUUUUAUAGUGAUUAAGAUUAUAACACAAUAUUGACUGCUGUAUUCCAAUCUUCGACAUUUUAACCUAUUAUGUCUGUUUGUUUUGCCCACACAUUGUUGUCAAUAUAAUGGAAUUAUAUGCGACUGUCAUACAAGUUAGAUGUUCAGUUAGCUAUCAAACUAUGUGUUAUCCACCAUGUUCUACAUAAAGAAGUACAUGUACCAAGUCA